AAAGACGUUUUGGAGGAUACAUAAUUUCUUUUCAAAAAAUUAUUUUUUAAUUUUUAUUUAUGUUUCUUAUAAGAAAAGGCCAGUGAAUGACACCCCACCCCACAACUUGUUCAUACACAGCUUCUUCUGCUUCGUUGUAUAAAAGUCACUCAGAUUUUGAGAAAGACACAACAACAAAAUUAAUUUUCCCUUCUCUCCUUUCUCCAUUCGUCAGCUUCAAGAUUUUUCUUUUUAUCUCGAAGACCCACAAAACAAUAUUCUAGAUUUUGCUUCAAUUUCUUCAAAGUUAUGAAGAGAAACUUCGGUUGCUCUGAUUCAUUAACUCAUUUUCUCUCACACCCACUUGAAGGGGAGAUGAAAGCUGAAGAAGAGUGCCUUUACAAUGGAGAAUUUCAGUCCAUGGUAGAUGGCAGCGGCAGUGGCGGCGGCGAUGGUGAAGACUACGGUGGAGAAGAAACAGGACAAUUUAGUGACAAAAAGAGAAGGUUAAGUAAUCAUCAAGUGAAAUCGUUGGAGAAAAUAUUUGAAGUUGAUAACAAACUUGACCCAGAAAGGAAAGUGAAAGUGGCGCAAGAUUUGGGUUUGCAACCACGGCAGGUGGCGAUUUGGUUCCAGAACCGCCGUGCACGGUGGAAGACAAAGCAGUUGGAGAGAGAUUACAAUCUUCUUAAGUCUAAUUAUGAUGCUCUUAAGCAUAAUUAUCAUAAGCUUGAGCAAGAGAAAGAAACCAUAAUCAAUGAGUUGAUAGAGCUAAAAGCAAAGCUUCACGAGGAAACAACCGAAAGAAAUGAUGAGUUCGAGAACAGAGAAAAUAUUUUGUUCUUGGGAUCUGAUCCGACGAAUACAAACCAUGAAGUAUACACAAGUUUAAACUACGAAAAAACUCGAAAAUCACUAGACUUAAAAGAUGGAUUUUCUGAUAGUGAUUCAAGUGGGGUUUUAAACGAAGAAAACAUGAAUGUUAGCAACGCUAAUGGAAGCUCGUUGCUAAAUAUAGCAACUUUUGGGCUCUCUUCUCUUUGUUCAUCGUCAGCUACGAAUUCAAAUCACACAGAACAUAUAGAUCCUACAAGGACAUAUCAAGAACAAUCAGAUCCGUAUUUAGUAAGUAAUGUUGAGGAUGAGUCAUGCAACAUUUUUUUGGUCGAUCAAGCCCCUAACCUUUGUUGGUACUUUCGGGAUCACACAAACUAGUGAUUAAAUGGGUUUAUAUAGUUUGUAGUUUAAGUAUGAAGAAGCUUAUGAAAAUGAAUAAUUAUAUAAUAUUUUGAAAUUUUAUGAAAUAUAUUAAAAUUGUGACAGUGAUAAUACGACAUGGCAUAUAUAGUUUUUACUAAUAAAUAUGUUAAAAAGGAAUGCCGUUUUUAAUUCUCAUCAUUUCCGCUACUAUUUCUAACCACUAGCUUUCACUUAAAUUGAAUUUUUUUUUAACAUGUAAAUACAUACUUAGUCUCUAAUAAUAUUAAACAACCAUUUUACUAUCAAUUUCAAACAUAAGUUUAUAUAAGUUAUAUAAUUAAAAGAUGGAAUUGUCUUCGUCAUCAUCUUUCAUCCCCCCAUUUGAUGAUGGGUCACAACAUAGUUUGCCAAAACAAUCGUAGAAGAAACAACUGUCAUUUUGGCUGAUGAGGCUGAAUGUUCGCGUUCAUAAACGAGAAGUGUAUCACCAAGCCACACGCACGCUAUUGUUUCAUUCAAGACGACUUAGCUGAUAAUGACAUAUGUGAUGCUACCAUGCUUUAACGAGCGUUCUAGAAUCUAGAUGAUCAUAUAACUAUGUUCAUCAACAGUUCAUGAUUCGAAAAAAGAGUGUAAAUUAUUUAGAUAGGCAUUGAUACGUGAUGUUUAAUAAACAUUACUCCAUUACAAAAAUUUACAUCCACACUUCGUUAAAU